CGUCGAAUGGCUCUUAAAAACACACACACAAGACUCGUUCAUUAAAUUAUAUAUUUUUUUUUUAUUGUCGUAUCGUCAGCCGUCGCCGUAAUUUGAUUUUGGAAAAACCACUUUUUAGUUUUUUUGGAUUAUCGUGAUUUAAUAAACUUUAGUUUUUAUUUAAUGUGUUAAAUGUCAUGCCUAUUUUUUUUCUAUGUAUAUUUUCUUACCGAUAUCAACGUGCUAAUCUAUAGUCGAGUUAUACGGAUUAUGGAUGUAGAUAUUUGAUUAAAUAUUAUUUCUGUAGCCCAAUUUUGUCUUGGUUAAUAUACUUGGACUAUUUUAUAUAACUACUUUUUGAGCUAUAAAAAAAAUACUGAGAGCUUUGUUCUAAAUCAGUUUUCAAGUGCUACAUUGAAAUUAAAUGGUUGACAUAACCAACACUUAUUUACUGUAAUAUCCAGUUUGUACUUGUGAAAUGAAUGCUACUAUCUGUCAAUCUUAAUAGAUAAAGUAUAGUACAAUGGCUAAUUCUAUUAAAGAGAAUAAAUCAAAAUAUGUUGACAAAGAUCAAUUAUCAUGUUCAACUAACUCACUAACUCCUGUUAAUCAUGUACUGACCGAUACAUCUAACUUGGAUGAUAAGUCUAAAUCAUUGAGUAAAGAGUCUUCUGUUAUACAGACAGAAUCUAUAGAAAAUGCGAAACAUGAAACUUCUACUAAUGAAAACAAAUACGAUUUUGAGAUUGGUGAUAUUGUUUGGGCUAAAAUUGGAAGAUAUCCAUUUUGGCCUAGCAUGGUCUGCGUUGAUCCAGAUACUAAUAUUCAUAUUAAAGGAUCACUUGAAAAUAAAAGAAAAUUUUCAUUGCACGUGCGAUUCUGUAAUGAUCAUGGUAGAAGAAGUUGGGCAAAAACUGUAGAAAUAUUUGAUGGAAAAGAUAAGUUGCUUUCAAAACAUCCCAAUAGUCUAGCAUUAAUAAAAAACAGUAAGAAGCAAAUGUCGACAUGGGAUGCGGCAGUGAAAGAAGCUGACAAUUGGUUGAAAGUAAAUAGAGAAGAAAGAGUGUCCAGAUUUGCCAAAACAAAUGGUUUGGCUCGUUCUAAAAUAAGUGGUUUGGGUCCUGCCAAAAGAAAGAGUUUGGGUCCAAAAACUGCUUCCACUACACCUGAUGAUGAGGAUACCUCUAACAUUCCUACAGUUCAAGAAUUUUUAGCAAGCAGAAGAGCUAUUGAUCUUGCUCGAGCAAAAGCUAUUGAACUUGAUCGAGCAAAAAAUUGUGAGCCUAGUACAAGUAGUUCUCAUGAGAUAAAAUGUGAACCUAGUACUAGUAGUUCUAUGUCUCAAUGUUAUGUUCAGUUAAAAGAUAUAGCAAAAAAACCUGUGGUAAAACUUAUAGAACCACCAAAAAAAGCCGUUAAAAGAAAAUAUGUUGAUUUGGAAAAAAAACAGUUAAGGGAAGCUUUAAAGAAGAAAAAAGCUAAAAGAGCAUUGCAAGUUAAAAAGUAUGGCUUCUCUUAUUCUUCAUCUGAAUAUGAAAGUACUGAUGAUGAAGCUGUACCCUUGGUACCCUUUAAUCCAAAUCGAAAGGUGUUGCAAACAAUUAAAUUAGCAGUAGCGAAUUUAGAAUCUGAUGGAAUAAAAAGAAUUAAGGAAAAAAGAAUUUUGAUUAAAGCUAUAAGACUUGCUGAAAGAAAUUCUAACGCCAAGAAAAAGAAAAAGGAAGAUUCCGAUUCUGAUGAUUAAUAACAAUAUAAUAUAUAUAUUUAAAGAGUUAUCUUGAUUGGUAAUUAAAAUAUAGUAAUAUAAUGAAACUGUAUAUAAAGGUAA